AUGACCCGCCCACCUUCUCUUGGGGCUAUGCCUCUAGAUAUUCUAUGCAUGGUCUGUGACUGCCUUGUGGACUGUGACCCAAGCAAGAAAAGCUUGUUUUCAUUCUCUUUGACAAGCAAAUGGUGCAAUAUUGCAGCAACGAGACAGAGGUUUAGGCGCGUCCCAAUCUCCUUAGAAAGCAAGGAGAAACUAGCCGAGGACAUGGAGCGAUGGAGCCACAUUCUAACCCCUCGUGGGUACAUUGACUAUGUGCAGGUCGUGAAGAUAACCGGAAGUAUCCAUAUUCGGGAUAUGAAUUCUAACAGUGGAGAAUGGCCACUCGGAGACAUGAGCCUUGGGUACCAUGAAGCAGACGAUGAAAAUGACGAUGACGAGUGGGCCGCAGGUUAUGAUGACCAGAGCGACAGCGAUUCAACAUGGGAAUAUGGCGAUAGGAAGGUCUUCUCUGAUGUUGGUGAAAAUCCAUACUUGACAAAUGAAGAGAGGCAGGCCCAGGAGGUUGCCUGGAGCCCCCUUGUACACUUCAUCAAGAGCCUGUCAAGCCUCAAAGACUUUAUUUACGCCUCCGAAGACCAAAUUCCGCUCUGCGUACUGUUAGCACUACACCAGCGUCACCAAAGGAGCCGCCUUCACAUGCACCACUUUAUCCUCCACAGCCUCUUUCAGCCGGCUGACUAUCCCCAGGAUAUAAGCCUAGAGGAAUAUACCCUUGCGACAUCUCCAUGCUUAUAUAGCAUACGCGCACAUCAGUCAGAUUACGAUAUCCAGGGAAGAGUUUGUUAUAACUCUGAAGCAAUUCAACAAAUGGUGGCUGGUUUAGCACCAAACUUGAGACAUGUGUCCAUGGCAGUUCCGAGCACUUUCAUAAAUAUACAACGCAACCCGAAGCCAGCAUGGCGUGGCUUUUUUAUCAAUAAUCCACCAGAGCAAAAUACCCCCAGGCCACUUGGACAGCUCCGGAGUCUAUCCUUCAAAUUCAUAGAGAGCUUAACCCCUUCCACACUCCGCAAGUGGACUCGCUACACGGAUUUCUCCAAGCUGCAAACCCUUCGAAUAAUGAGCGAUGAUGGUGUUGACAUAGUCAGAAUCCUUGAUCAAAUGGCAAUGGAGGGGAAGUUUAGUUCCCUUCGCUCUCUCAACCUAAAAUUAUUUCUUUCCACUUUCGCAGACACCAUAAUCUUUGACAGGAUUAUGGCUGAUUUUCUACGAAACCUGCCUCCCCUCAAGGAAUUGAAAUUGACUGGCUUUGUCACUGAACAGACGUUCAACGUUAUCCUUGAAAAACAUGGUAAUACCCUGAUUAAACUGGAUUUCAUUGCGUCUCGCGGAUUUAUGACAGGAGCGAGUUUAUUUGUCCUCUACAAUAGUGAGGUUCGAGAGAUUCAGAGGCAAUGCCCGAAGCUCCAGACGCUUGGCAUUCUCAUACCCCGUACCAACGGUAAUAAGGACGAAGUAGAUAUCUACCAGACUUUGGGCAUGUUUAAAUGGUUGAAGCAAUUAAUCCUGAGGCUUGAUUUUUCUAGCGUCAUCCACUACAGGCAUUCCUCGUCUAUUGACCCCGGCAUCGAUAGCCUACGUAUUAGUUCCAAUGCAGUAGCAACCUUGGAUCAGAUGCGUGAAACGUUUAAAAACUGCGCCAUUGACGCAAACCUCGCGCUUUCCAUAUUCCGGAUGAUAGCUACUGCCAACGGACUCAGAUACCCUUCUAAAUCCCCUUCGCUACAAUACCUCAAACUUCAACCUUGGGGACAUGGAGAAUUCGGAAGUGGAGUAUUCAACGGAGAACUUGGUGACAUCACAAGAUGGCUUGGUAGGUCUUGGCUCUGUACGAGGCCACAGGAGGAUAUGAAUUUCGAGAAAGUGGUUAUAAGAGAGGUUGACAAGAAAUGGCGGAUGCUUUUUGAGCCCAGGAUCGAGGAUAUUUUUGCGUGGGGGAAGCACUUCUUUGAGCAAUCUGCACAAGCUCGGUUUUAUCAAAAGGUCUGGAAAAGUACCUGGCCGGGGCAUGCAGAUGGAAGGAAAUGGACGGAUGAUUGGUCAAGUUGUCCGCUGCUGGAGGAAUAG